AUGUCAGAUACAUCAACACCAUUCUUUGUCAUUGGAGCUGGCCUACCGAGAACAGGAACAAGUAGUUUGAAAACAGCAUUGGAAAUACUUUAUCCUCAACCAUGUUAUCACCUUAUUGAUACAGUCACAAAAACGCAUCAUGGUGAUAUUGUGAAAUGGCGCAAAUUGUUUAAUGAAACAAGAAAGUUGACACCAGAUAAACAAGUGAUUUAUCAAGGUCUCAGUGAAAUAUUGAAUGGUUAUGCAUCAGUGGUAGAUAUACCAGCAUGUGGAUUUUAUCAAGAGUUGAUGAGUUUAUAUCCAACCUCUAAGGUUGUAUUAACAAUUCGUGAUAAAUAUCAAUGGUUAUCCAGUUUACGACAAACCAUUUUACCAAAACCUCAUCAUUAUUCUCAUCUUAUACUGAUCAAUAAAAUUCAACAAAUUUUAGGAUUGAACGAUGAAUUUCUGCAAAUGAUACUUGAUUCGCUAAGAUUUGCAUUUCAAACAAACACAAUUGAUUUCAACGUUGAAGAUUCAAUAUUAUUAACAUGUUACGAACAAUAUCAUCGUGCAGUUAUUGACAAUGUACCAUCCAAUCGUCUUUUAAUACAUCAAUUUCAAGAUGGUUGGCAGCCAUUAUGUGGAUUUUUAAAUUUAAAUAUACCUGAUGGUGGUGUAUUGUCGUCGUCAUAUCCUCAUAUAAAUAAACGACAAGAAACAUUCAAACAAAUUGAAUUCCUUCUGAAAGAUUGGGAUCUUCAAUUAUAA